UCGUGUUGAGUUGCGUGACAGUUGAGACGACUAGCCAUGACCACUCUACGGGAAACAUCCCGAAUAACUCGGGCUAUCUGCAGGCAGCGCUCGCCGUGGCAAUUGACUCCUCUUGUCGCCCAUCGAAGCGCAUCCACCAGUGCCGCGAAGGCUGAGCUGUCCGACCUUGAGCGUGGCUCGUCCCUAGCCGCGCCGGGUCCCGACGAUGCUGCCGUGCAAGCUUUCAACACGGCGAAGCGUACAUCCGAAAGACCGCAGCAGCUUCCCGGAAACAGAUACCAGUACCACCCCCCCAAGUUCGAUAGAGGCCCUCUGCACCCGAUUCAAUCACCGCCCUCUACCGACCCCACGGCAAGAGACUUCGUCCCCGGGCCGUUCAACAUCCCGCGCCUGCGCCAAACCUACGAUGCGGCCGUCGCCUCCGACCUCCUCACACUCACCUACCUCCACAAACCCCCCGGAACACCAGAACGCGAGGUGCGGGAGCGGUUAAGGGCGUGGGAUGACUCCUCGCCGUACAACAAGAACCGUCCCCUCCGUGGACCCAGAGGUGGAAGCAAGCUCGAUGUGCUGGAGAAGAACAUUGACUGGCGCCGCAUUCCCGAGAUUAAGGCCGUCUCGCUGCACGCCUUCAUGCCCGCCUCAGCCAAGGUGCCCGGAAUGCUGCAGGUCGCCCGCUCUGUCAUCCAGUCCAUCAGCGGCAACUGCCCUGAAGUCACCAAAACCAAGAACAAUGUUGUUCAGUGGAAGAUCCGCGAGGGCGACAAGUCCGGUGUCAAGACGACCAUGUACGGCUACCAGGCGCACGAGUUCCUCGACAAGUUAAUCAACAUCGUCCUGCCCAAGAUCAAGGACUGGCCGGGCGUCAACGCUAGUACAGGUGAUGGCAACGGUGGCCUGGCCUUUGGCCUGAAGGCCGAUGACCUGGCUUGGUUCCCCGAGCUCCAGAUCAACUACGACAUGUACCCUGCCAAGCUCCUUCCAGGCUGCCAUAUUUUCAUCCAGACCACUGCGACGUCGAAUCGCCAGGCUAGGCUCCUACUUCAGUCUCUUGGCCUUCCUUUUUACGGAAAGUUUAAGGAUUAAACGGGGUCAUGUGCAGAAGUGCGGAAGAAAAGGGGGUGUCCUGUAUUGUACGAUAUCAAAAUAUUAGAAAGCCUGCAUAUGAAUGUACCAACAGAUACGGUCACUCUCAAUGCCGUCCUAUGACGCAUAAGACAAGUCUUGCGGUCCCCCUUUUUUUGCGGUAACAAUUCAUCUAAUCCCGUAAUCUCAAUUUCUCUUGGCCAUCCCGUACGUCAAAUAAUCUCAUGCCGUACCGCCUGCCCGAACGCCGUUCAUGCAAAGUCCUGUGCCAAAAAAAAACCUCCCGUUCCCUUUUCCCCCAUGGGUCCUUUUUCCU